CAAAGGUGUUCUAUUGGUCAGGACUGAAAAACAACACCUGCAUUCAGUGAUUUGGAGAGGCGUCCCAAAACCUUUGGCAAUAUAGUGUAUUUUCGCACGCAGCGCAGCAGCAGGAAGGCGCGAGCCAUUGUCCGCUGUUGGUAGGGAGGGCGGAUGGAGCUCUGGAAAGCACUUCCGGUCCACCGGAUGGUGUAAACACGGGGAGCAGGAACGUUAGCUUUGGAGCUUUACGGUUUCGGUGCUUUAAAGGAUGGAGCUAAGGCUCUCGAAUAGUUCUUAUAAUUGUUUGCUGUGGCUGUGCAUCUUUGCGCUAUGCGCCAUCAUAGGUAUGCAUCCAGUUGCUUCUAUAGAAGUGUACACUCCCGCUGAGGUGUUUGUAGAAAAUGGAACUGCUGGAGUACUUAAAUGUACUUUCAAAUCAAAUCAAGUGAUCAGUAGCCAAGCAUCAGUUUCCUGGUCUUUCAUUCCAGAGACCUCUUCGGAUUCUACUGGCGAAACUAUCUUCCACUAUGCUGGUGGGAAAGGGUUCCCAGACAGCGCUCAGUUUAAGAGCAGAGUUGAGUGGGCAGGGGACCUGAACAAAAAGGACGGCUCCAUUCGCAUCAAUAUGAUGCAGUUCAACGACAACGGCACGUACUCAUGCGAUGUGAAGAACCCUCCUGAUAUAGCAGGCAAACCUUCACAGGCUAAGCUCAGAGUUGUGAAGAAAGAGUCCCUGCCUCAGACGAGCCCAGCAGUGAUUGUGGGCGCAGUCAUCGGUGCAAUCAUCGGCGUCAUCAUCAUCGCUGUAGUCGCAUAUCUGUUAAUAAGAGUAAUGCGGUCCACCCGUGACUACGAAGGCUGCACUUCCAUAGAGAGUGUGAGCACACAGGCGGCUCAGCCGGGGAAGAAAGCUGAGUCCAGCACAGAUGGCUCACGCUCUAGCAGCCCUUCGGCUCCAGUACAGGGCCCGGUGAUAUACGCUCAGCUCGAUCACUCCGGCAGCAAGAACUCUUUCCACAAGAUGGAGCCUGUGGUGUACGCUGACAUCCGUAAGAACUAGAAAGAGCAAGAGAACAGAUAGUAGUACUCACUCCUCCAGCAACACUCCAUUUUGAUCUGUUUUUAUUAUUUUUUUUUUUUUACUUAAAUAAACGAAUGACACUCUCGCAUGUUAAUUAUGUCCCAUGUACUGGGAGGCUUCAAAGCAACAUAACAUGAUGUUAUUAGGCUCUGAAUUAUUACCACUCUAAAUGCAGUUAAACUGAUUAGUCUGUUCCCCCCAUAUUGAAUCUGUGCAUGUUGCUUAAUUAGACUGCUAUCAGAUGGUUCGAAAAAAUCAGCUAUUUGAAUUACUGCCAUUGUGCUUUUUCCACUGAAGAAACGCCACAUAGAGACAUUGUUUAAUAUAUAUGUUGUGAAUUUUUUAACUCGGGUAAAUUACGCAGUUACGAUGUCCUCCUUCGUCUUACUGAUUUUAACAGGCAACAACUCGAACCACAGCAAAUGAACAUGACCAAAUGAGCUGUUGAUUUUACAGACCAAAUUCCACCUAACAACUGUCCAGGUCUGGGUGCUUAGUUAAAAACUUAAAAAAAAAAAAAAAAAACACUUCUAAGAUUUGUUUAUAAUUUUUCCCACUUGUUUUUAAGUAAUGUUAACACCUAACAAGCAAAGACUUUGCAAAGUUUAUGCUUACUCCAAGCAUUUUAAUUGAAUUCAGUGAAGAAAUUCUCAUCGAUUCUGCAAAAGACCAAGCUUAAUAUAUGUCUUAAAAAUGGUCAUGGCACCAAGUAUUUAGAAGUCUUACUGUACUACAAACAUUUUCUUUUAUGCUUACAAAAUUCAGGUUCCAAGGUAUUGUCGUCGCCAUCCUUUGGUAAGCGGAUGUUCUUCCAAAUGUAUUGUAGGUACAGCUGUGUAAGCAGCGGGAUGGUAGGGUGCGUAUGUCUGCUUAGCCGCAACCUUUUCCUGUAAAUGAUCAUCUGUGUUACGUUAGCGGUUAGCCUAAUAGAGGAUAGAUCGUCAUUAGCGAUCAUGUUCUUUUAGAUAUAUUCCAUGUCGAUCCGCUCAGUAUGCUGCAUUGCUGCCUCUGUUUUGUGACAUGCCAAAACAGACAUUCCUCUGAUUUUAUUAUCCCUCUGUAAGUCUUAAUUGUUUCUCUUUGCACAUUAUGAGGUGACAUUGUAGCUUUGUUUAUUUUCUGGUUUGUUUUAGAAAAAAAAAGAAUGCAAAUUCGUAAGGGACACUACAGUAAAUGUUAAUUAUAACCAAAAUCAUCACAUUCCUGACGGUUAAUAUUGAUGCUGGACCUUUGUCAUGCAGUCUUGUGUUUUGAAAUAGCAUGUAUAUAGAUUAUUGUUUUUAUUUGGGGAAAAAAAAAAAAAGUCUGUCGUUGCCAUUUAAAAGUGGUAAACUUCCGAAAGCAUUGGGAUUAUGCGCUCGAGUGCAGUUUACAUCAACGUUGCACCGUAAAAAUGUGACUGAUUUCCGAGGCUUUCGGUCGGAAAGUACGCGUUGAUCUCCACAGCAUGUUUUGACUUCUAGCACUAUUGUCCUUACGUUUCCUGUGUGUUAAUGCAGAUUAAUGAUGUUAAUGACGUGUUAAUAAUGUGACCAUUCUUUGAGAACUGGAAUGUUGUGAAUCAUAGUGCCUUUUUCACAUUUCAUGUACUAACUCAGUCCCAUUCUGCGUGUUCUGUCAUUCCUGUUUUGUAUAUGAAACCCUCGCUAUCUGAUUUCUUUUUAUACAUAUAUAAAAUAUAUAUAUGAAAGUC